CGAGAGCAUGAAAAUGUAUUUAUUCACUUUUGCCUCUAGGUGUAGUUGUUCCCCGAUACUCGAGAUUGAGAGUAGUUACAAGAAUCUGCACACCGGGUAUAUAGGGAUAUCGUUACAUGGGAUUGGGUAUCACAGUGGUACAACCUUGGAUCAAGCCUUUUCGUGGUUCUCUAUCUCAAUAGGUUUUGAAAUAGGUCAAAAUAUUGAACGUUUAAAACUUGAGACCCAAUUCAGUCUUGGUUCGGUUCAACUUAAAAUCCAAAUGAAUUCGACUAUCCAACCUAAAAUGUGGUUUCUUUCUUGGUUUACGUUGGGUUGACCAUGUUCACUGGUUAACCUAUUGUCACUUAUACUCUUAUUUUUGCUUGAAGAUAACACCUAUCAGUAGAUCCUCAUAUUAGUCCUUGAGAUAGUAAGUAUUAAUAAUUGUUUUAGUUUCUGACUUUUUUAAAUACUCUUUAGUUUGAUACCUAAUAUUCAUUAAGUACUCGAACUCGAAGGCUUAGGUCAUUUGAAUUCUCAAAUUUUCCCCGAGUGAUUUGUUUUGAGUUUUGACUUUGAGUUGUUGCAUUGCGUGUUGGAGAGUCCCAGUCUCAGGAUUAUUUUAGAGAUGGCGACAAAAUGUUAACUGCCACUUUUGGGCAGUCUCAACUACUCAAAGUAUUAAUUUUGAUCUUCUUCUUCAAACUACAAUUUUAAAGCGCAAAUAGACUGAGCAACAGUCUCCCGAGAGAGAGAGAGAGAGAACAAAUAAUAAGAUCACCGUUAAGAAAACAAGACAAAACAGAAGAAUGGAGUAUCAAUCUUUUGGAAGAGUCCCAAGACCAAAAGGUGCUAACAUAAUGCAGGCAUUGAAGGUGAUGCUAAUUUUGGCUGUUGGUGCCUGGCUGAUAUAUCAGGUCAAGCACUCAAGAAACAAUACAGAGAACUAUAGCGAUCAAACCAAGCUUGAUGAAGGACAUGGAGUUAUUUUGUUGGGGCGAAAAGGGAUGCCAUCACGGUUAGAUCAAAUGGAUUUUCCUGACUCAGGAAAUGUAGAUUUUGCAGGAGAAGCUAAAGAGUCAAGUAGUGGCAGGGAUGAUGAGUCUGAUGGAGCCAAGGAAGAUAAGGCUGAAGAAGAGUUUGGACAUAUCAAUGAGAUAUUCGGCAGAGGAAAAGAAGUGGAACUUGAACCAGAAAGUACUCAACCUGAGGAAUCAUCCAAAAUUCAACACAAACAUUUGUGCAAAACAAAAUCUGAAAAGGUUGGUUUAGAAUCAAGAAGUGAGUCAGGUCACAAGGAGCAUGGCAAUGAGAAAUACCGAAACAGACCGAUAAUAAAUGAUUCUAAAAGUAGCAACAAAGAAGAAGAUGUACAACUCAGGGAACAGCUAAAUGAAGUGCAUGUUAGAAAGAAUGCUACAUCAGGUUUCUCAAAAAAGGAGAAUGAUGGGGAUGAAGGGUCCAGAAUUAGAGAAAAGGAAACCAGGAAGCACAAAAAUGUGGCCGAGAAUGACACAAAUGCUGAAGUGACAGAGGAAAUAGAUGAGGUCCAAAGCUUUCAUGAUGAAAAUGGUGUCCCACCUGAUGUUAAUGAAACUGAAAUAGUGUUUGCCCAGGCACACAUCGUGCAUGAAGAAAACAUUUCAAAUGUUCGCAAAGGAAGUUGGCUUAGAAAACACACUUAUGAAGUCACAUAUGUUGAAGAUAACAUUGUUGAAGUGAAUUUGGAAGCAUCGAAGAACGAUGCUGAUGUUGAAAGUAAUACAGAAAGUAUUGCUCAUGUCGACAUUUCAGGCGUCAAAUGCAAUUCAGAAAUCAGUGAGGGAAAUAGCUAGUUUGGUUUUAUUAGAUUAUGUUUCUCAUCAUUGUAAUUUGUAAACCAGAGUGUUCAUAGAUGCCACUUUUCAUUACAAAAAAAAUUAAAAAUAAAAAUUACAGAGCUGUAAGGAGUAAGCUCCUAGGCUAUAGAUGAUGGUCUUUUUUCUUUAAUUCAUGGCUAUGUAUGAUGUGAUUGUACAUACAUAGGGAAUGGUAACAUUGCAGAUCUUUUUCUUGAAGAGAUCACUAGCUGCACAAUUCGGACGAGGUUUCAUUUAUGCAGCAUUCUUUUUCUUGGAUUUGAAAACCUGUAUAGGCUAAAGAUCAAUGUAACUGUUGUGAAUGACACUUUUGUUUUCCGGUUA